AUGGAGAAACACAGAUCGCUCAUCCUCGUCCAGGCGUCACUGGUAUACGUCUGCAUUCUCUACCUCAUAUCCAAGCGUCACCAGUGUCCAUCUUUUACUCCCUCGGCCCACGAUCGGUCCGCGAUAAUACCCUCUCCGCGCACCAUUGAGGCACAACAGCCUGAAAAGUUCAGAUACGUCGACGACGAGCAGACAGGAACCCCAAGUCGGGCCCCACCUGACGAGUACGCCCGUCUCGCCAAAGCCACCUCCCACAUGGCCUGCAUCCUCAACCCCUCCAACCCCUCAGCCAACCGCAUGUCAUGCGCGCCCAUCAACACUCGAUACGGCUACUUGACAGCAGGGAAGGGCCUUUCCGCUCCCGAGAAGAAGCAACACUUCUUCGCCUGGAACCUACGGCAGUGCGUUUACCUGCUGCUGCGCCUGUUGGGCUCGCUGGUAGGGGCCAUCCGCUUCCUCGGUCUCGAGCAUUGCGCCGUCAGCAUCGUCGCGGGCAACUCCAACGACGGCACGCUCGAGGUGCUGAAGCUUCGCGAAGGCGAGCUGAAGGCGCUGGGGGUCGAGAAGCUGUCCAAGCUGCAGGCGAUGGCGCUCGAGCCGGUGAUGGGGUCAACAGCGAUUCUCGAGGGGCAGCCGACGGAGGGGGAGGACGAGAUAGGGAUGACGACUUACUUUGUCACACCGGCCAUUCCCGCCGGGCUUCCACCGACGCGAAAUGCAAUGAUAACCUUCAUCAACGACGUGUCUGCGUGCGCCGAGGAUAUCAUGGAACGGAUACACCAAAGGUCCUUCCAAUUAGCCAACAUGCCAACCGCACAAUCCAGAUGGCCCCCCAUCUUCUACCACGUCUGGAUCGCCUGCUCCCUGACUGGCGACCUCCUCUUCGACAUAUCCGCCGCCACGGGGUCAUGGGAGCGCUCCAUGACCCUCUUCUUCGACCACCCGCCCUCCCAGGCCCGCUUCAACGCCGACUGCCCACCCAGGUUCUCUCCCGCUGGAACGGCACCGUCGCCAUGGCCGCGGCGCCCCUUGUGAGUGGCGAGGGCGGGUUCCGCUGGCCGCGGAUGCGCGAGUGCUACCAGGGCGGAUCUGUGGUGGGCGGGACACGGCAAGAUUGUGGUUGUGCCCGGGGUGAAUCUGGAAUAUACCGAUCACAGGGGGACGGUGGGUGAAGCAGGAGCGGGGGUAUGCGAGUGACUUUGUGGCAGGGGUCAUGGAUGCGCGGCGGGAGAGGAUCGUCUGGGAGUAGAAGCCGCCCGAGAUGGUCAAAUGCGUGCCCGAGUUUACGCAGCGGCGGUGGUUGCCUUGGAACUGGAAGGUGCCUUAGCGUUU